GUAAACUAGAGCUUCAUUCCUCAACACUUUUUUUCAGAGAAGUCAGGAAUGGGUGAAGAAAAUCACACCAUGAUAUAUGAGUUUAUCCUCAUGGGAUUUACAGACCUCCCAGAAGUGAAGACCCUUCUGUUUGCCGUAUUCUUUGUCAUCUAUCUGAUCACCAUGUUAGGGAAUAUUGGUUUGAUGAUACUGAUUUCAAAAGAGCAGUCUCUUCACACCCCAAUGUACAUCUUUUUGGGUUACCUGGCUCUUGUGGAUUCAUGCUGUGCCUGUGCUAUUACUCCUAAAAUGUUGGGAGACUUCUUUUCUGAGGACAAAAUGAUUUCUUUGUAUGAGUGCAUGGCACAAUUUUAUUUUCUUUGCACUGUUGAAACUGCAGACUGCUUUCUUCUGGCAGCCAUGGCCUAUGACCGCUACGUGGCCAUAUGCAGCCCACUGCAGUACCACACCAUGAUGUCCAAGAAGCUCUGCCUUCAGAUGACCACAGGAGCCUUCAUAGCUGGAAACCUACAUUCUGUGAUUCAUGUAGGGCUACUAUUUAGGUUAACUUUCUGUGGGUCUAAUCACAUCAACCACUUUUACUGUGAUAUUCUUCCCUUAUACAGACUCUCCUGUGUUGACCCAUACGUCAAUGAGCUUGUACUGUUUGUCUUUUCAGGCUCAAUUCAAAUCUUCACAAUAGGUAGUGUCUUCAUAUCUUAUCUUUACAUUGUCUUUACAAUUUCCAAAAUGAAAUCCAAAGAGGGAAGAGUCAAGGCCUUUUCCACCUGUGCAUCUCACUUUUUAUCUGUUUCAUUAUUCUAUGGAUCUCUUUUCUUCAUGUACAUUAGGCCAAAUUUACUAGAAGAAGGAGAUAAAGAUAUACCAGCUGCUAUUUUAUUUACGAUAGUAGUUCCCUUACUAAAUCCUUUCAUUUAUAGCUUGAGAAAUAAAGAAGUAAAAAAUGUCUUGCAAAAACUCCUGAUGAAAAGAAUAAUGUCAAGAAAGUUUAAACAAACAGCAUCUACUAUAGCUUAAAGAUUUAGAUUCAGAAGAAACCUCUACAAGAAAUUACACAGGAAUGAUGUAUGUAACUGUAUAUAAAAUCAUAAAGUAUAAUGCUUUCAAAUUAA